AUGCCUUAUCCAGACAAUGUUCGAACUGCUAUAGAAGUCGAAAACGUAAUCAGACAUCAUGGAGCAAUCCCAGCUACUAUUGCAAUUUUGCAUGGAAUUAUUCACAUUGGUUUGGAUAGAGACUCACUUGAAGAAAUAGGUAGGGCUGGACUAUCAUGCGUAAAAUGCUCACGAAGAAAUUUGCCUCACGUAAUCAGCAAAAAAUUGCAUGGAUCCACGACUGUGGCUGCAACAAUGUUUUUAGCUCACAAAGCUGGAUUGAAGUUUUUUGUGACUGGAGGGAUUGGAGGAGUUCAUAGAGGAGCUGAAGAAACUUGGGAUGUAAGUGCAGACUUAAUUGAGCUUGGAAGAACCCCAGUGACUGUAAUUUGUGCAGGAGCAAAAAGUAUUUUGGAUAUACCAAAAACGUUGGAGUAUUUAGAAACACAAGGAGUCCCUGUUGUUGGAUUUGGGACUGAUCAUUUUCCAGCAUUUUUUUCUCCCAGUUCUGGAUGUGAAGUUAUGUGCAGAUUGGACACCCCAAGAGAAUGUGCAGAUAUGAUGAGGGCUAAUGAAAGCUUGGGGCUAAAUAAUGGAAUUUUAAUUGGAGUGCCACUACAAGAGACAGAUAUUGCGGUGAAUUCAGAAGCUGCUAUACAGACUGCUUUGGUUGAAGCAAAGGACCAAAGAAUUAUUGGAGCGAGAGUGACCCCAUUCUUAUUGCAAAGAGUAAAUGAGCUUAGUGGAGGAGAGAGCUUGAAGGCCAAUAUAGCUCUGAUUAAAAAUAAUGCUAUGAUAGGUGCUCUUAUCGCUAAAGAGUACAACUUACAUCUUUUUACCAUUGAAACAGAAGUUUUCCUCUUAAUAGUCUAGUUUCUAUAUAGCUAAUUUCUUAAAUAAAUUUAUAUAUAUAUAUGAUUCAUCAGUAUUGAAAAGUUAGCAGAUCAAGAAAAUAAUUCUAAUCUGAGGAACGAAGAAAGAAACGAUUAG